AUGUGGCGGCGGCGGGGGGGCUGCGAUGAUGUUGGUAGUGUGACGACGGAGAUGAUCGUGUGACAAUGAUCAAUCGGCAUUAUUAGCUCCUUAUGCAUCGAUUUCUAAAAGAAUUGACGAGUUUACAGAGCCCAGAACGAAGGUUUCUUGAUAUUAUCAGAGCUUCAAAUCAAAAACUCAAUAAUAACAAGGGAACCCAUCUUCACCUGAUUGAGGAAUGUCUUCAGAAAGAUUUAAUCCCAUUUGGUGGGAAAAAAUCAAAUUUUUUGAUAUGCAGACGCCACAGAGAAGGCUUGAAAAUUGGCCCUAGUGUUCUAUCGAGCGCUUUGAGUGUUUGCUCUUCUGAAAGGGAUGCUUGUUUAGGAACUCAAAUCCAUUGCUUGGUUUUGAAAAACAGGUUUUUGUCUGAUGUAUAUGUGGGCAGUUCUCUGGUUGCGCUUUAUGCCAAAUGUGGCUCACCUCAGGACGCCUGCAAACUGUUUGAGGAAAUGCCUUCCAAGAACGCAGUGUCGUGGACUACAGUAAUCCAUAUUUUUUCGCAGGCGUUUCAGGUUGAUGUCUGUUUGAAACUGUACAAUGAAAUGAGGAGCUCUGCGUUGAGGCCUAACGAUUAUACGUUCACCUUCUUGAUUAGCGCGUGCACGGGUAGUGGGUGCUUCGGUCAAGCUAAGACUAUUCAUUGCCAAAUAAUAUGUAUGGGUUUGGAUUCUCACGUUCAUGUUUCGAACGCUCUUAUCUCCAUGUACUGUAAAGGUGGGGGUAUUGACGAGGCUCACUAUAUAUUUCAGAGAACGAUGAAUAAAGAUUUAGUUUCUUGGAACUCGAUGAUUGCAGGGUGUGCCCAGCACGGGCUUGCGCCAAAAGCUAUUGAACUUUUUGAACAAAUGAAGGAUCAGAAGGUAAAACCCGAUUCCAUUACUUUUAUUGGGAUUCUAUCAGCUUGCCGUCACGCUGGAUUAGUGGAACAAGGAUGGUUUUAUUUCAAAUCAAUGGAGUUUUAUGGCGAGAAACCAGCGCUUGACCAUUUUUCAUGCAUUGUGGAUCUUCUUGGACGGGUAGGGAGGGUAGGCGAGGCCUGUGAUUUGAUCAAGAGCAUGCCUGUGAAGCCGAAUGGGGCUAUAUGGGGUUCAUUGCUCAUGUCCAGUAGGAUUCAUGGAAAUGUGGAGGUGGGGAUUGAGGCUGCCGAGAAUAGGCUGGUGCUCGAACCGGGGUCCACUGCUACGCACUUGCAGUUGGCAAAUCUAUAUGCAAGUAUUGGCUUAUGGGAUCAAGCUGCCAGAGUACGAAAAGAGAUGAAAAACAAGUCCCUUAAGAUUGAUCCUGGGUAUAGUUGGAUUGAGAUAAGCAAUGAGGUUCAUUAUUUUAGAGCAGAAGACAGCUCGUUUGCACAGUUGAAUGAGAUCGUUCCGGUUAUGCAAGUUUUGGCAGAUCACAUGAGAGAUCUUGGGGAAGAAGUCCCCUUCGAGGUUUUUAGUUCCCAAUGAAAAGUUUGAUGAAUUAAAGAAAGAUUAUGAGUUUAA